AGUGGAAGACUUGGCAGAGGUAUUCCACGCUGCCUCGCUGUAAACUUUUGAGUCUUCAGGGAUCCUGCUCUUAUUGUUCAAAUCAGAGAAAGGCAGACAGAUAAACACCCUCCUCAGAAGAGCUCCAGCUUUCGGGAUUUCUCCUCACUUUCAAACAAUGUGAGCAGGAAGCACAAUUGAACUCGCAACCUCAUCUGUCUGAAAUGAUUCUUUUUAUAUCCCUCCCGCCCCAACUUUGAUCGGAAUGGUGGCUUGGGCAGCUGACUGGAUAAUGAGCAGGAGAUAUCUGGUCGGCCUGGAUGAUGUGGACCUAAAGGUCUGUUUCCGUGUUCUACUGUAUGAUCUCUGCACAGCAGGAUCCCAAUAAGAUGCGACAUGACCGGGAGAUCUGUUUUGAUUUUGUCAUGACAAGCGUCUUGGGGUGUUGACGAGCAACCCGUUUCUAAGAUGGAGUCGGUGGCCAAGGAACCAUUGGAGACGGCGACACUGAAAGGGGCCUCAAAACUGCAGCCCAAGCCACCCUUGAAACCCAAGCCCCCCGUGCUGGCCCACGGGGCCGGGAAGCAGGACAGAGCUCACGCUGCCGCCGCCGUUCUAGAACCUUCCGCCGAGACGAAUGGCCCUCCGGUCCCUGCCAAACGGAAGACCUCGGAUGAGGCAAUGGCUGGAGACACCCUCUCCAGUUCCGGGAACGUCCGGAAGAUGCGGGAGUUGUUCGACAAGGCUUCGGGCCUAGCCGAGGGCGAGGAGCCAGUAGCCAAGGAGCGACCGGCUCGAGGUCUCGUCCGGUCAGAACCAGCGCUGGACAUUCCCAACGGGGCCAGGCCCGUGCCCAAGGCCCGGAAAAAGCCCCUGGCGAGGUCAGCGGACCUGACCGAUGACCCAGUGAUACAUGGUGAGGGUGGUCCCCCAGUGCCCAAGCGGCUCCCUUUGGAAGUACAUCCCAGCCAGGAAACUUCGAAAGGACUCGCGAUGGAGUUGCCAGCGGCCGGAGAGACGGCUGAAGUGUGGCACUGUCCGUCCGGCUGUCCGUGCAUGUGUCACCUCCAAAGGCCCGGGAUGGUGCUAGUCUGGAAAGCGCUGCCCGAAGGCCAGGACGAGACAGACGGUUCCGAUCACUCCGGCUCGGAUUCCUCGGGGACCGGGCAUUUCCGUUUCAUCCUGCACGUCACCGACGCGGAUCUCUCCGGGACAGAGGAGAAGGAAGGCGUCACGCUCCCGGAGGAGGUGGAGGAGGCGGCCAUUUUGAGAGACGGUGCCAAUGGCAGAAACGGCGCCCUCCCCCUCCCGCCCGGGUCAGAGGUCGUCCCUAAGGAGGACGGGCUCCGGCCCCAGCCGCCGGCCAGGCCCCCCCACACGGUGCCCAAACCCCUACGACGGAACAGACCGGUAGCCCCCGUGGCGGAUGCACCGCACUUACCUCAGCAGAGGCUCGCUCUCCUCAGGCAGCGGUACACGGCCUCCGACCUGGACAAGAUCUCCAAGUGCGUGGGCGAGCUGAACCUCCACAUCCAGAAGCGGCAGCUGCCCACAGCCGGCGAGCAGCGCCCCCCCGCGGCGGAGGAGAUGGCCUCUCGUCGGCCCGUAGCAGCCUGCGGCCUACAGGAACCCCCCAGCCCCAAGGUGACGCGCUCGGCACCGCCUAGCCCCAAAGACAAGCACCAGCCGGGGAUCUACGACGCAGUGUACGACCUGGCUCUUGAUGAUGGUUCAAGACAUGACGAUUAUGAGGCCCAUCUGGAGAUUGUAGAGCACAGUGAUGUAAAGACUGGCAUUUGGAACUCAACCAACUGGGCAUCCCAAUUUGAGAGCGAACCUUUGUACCAAACGUACAGGGAGACGGUGAUCAAGAAGGAGAUUAAGCGGCAGACCCUGAUGCGAGACUCCAGCAAGACCAGCGAGGAUUACGCCUACGAGAGCAUCCCCCUGGUCCCCGACGGCGACUCGGCCUCCCUCCAGGCUCCGAGGCUGCAGGCCCUGGUGGGUUCCCUGUGGCAGAACCUGAACGCGGUCCGGCAGAGCGGGAUUCUGAACGACCUGAGCCAGCGGGAAUGCAGGCUCCAGGAGAGUAUGUUCGAGGUGCUGACGUCCGAGGCCUCCUACCUCCGCAGCCUGAACGUCCUCAUUGAGCACUUCAUGAACAACAGGGACCUGAACGACACCAUUAUCUUACGAGACAAAAAGACCCUCUUUUCCUGCAUCACCAGGGUGAAAGAAGUCAGUGAAAGUUUCCUGAAGGAUCUUGAAGAGCGGAUGGAUGAGAGUAUCAUGAUAAACGACGUCUGCGACAUAAUUUAUUUCCACGCCCAGCACAAUUUCCAGGUGUAUGUUGACUAUGUACGUAACCAGCUCUACCAGGAACAGAAGUACAGCCAACUGAUGGAGGAGAAUUCCCAAUUUGCAGCCGUUGUUGUCCGUCUUCAGGAGCAGCCCAAGUGCCAGAGGCUCCCCCUCAUGUCCUUCCUGCUGCUCCCUUUCCAGCGAAUCACACGCAUCAAGAUGCUGAUCGAGAACAUACUCCAGCGAUCGGAAGUCGGGUCUGUCAAUGAGGAAACAGCCUCAAAGGCUCUAGGCCUCGUUUCCAAGAUAAUUGAAGAAUGCAACCGAGAAGUCGGGAUAAUGAAGCAAAUGGAGGAAAUGAUCCACAUCGGAAAGAAGUUGGAAUUUGACAAGCUGAAGGCUAUCCCCAUCAUCUCUCAGCAACGCCAUCUUGAGAAGCAAGGGGAAUUGUGGGAGAUUGGCUCGCGGGGGAACCUGUUUGCAAUGAAACCCAAGCUCUCUCCUCUCUACCUCUUCCUCUUCAACGACCUCCUGCUCAUCACCACAAAGAAAAGUGAGCGGUACCAGGUGGUGGACCAUGCCCAUCGCUCGCUGGUGGAGGUACAGGAAUGCCCGGCCAACUCCCUGGGAGCUGGGUUCGCCAACUGCUUCAGGCUGGUGAUGCUGGAGAACCACCAGGGCCGGCAGAAUGAGCGCCUGGUGAAGACAGCGACCGAGUCUGACCUGCACCGCUGGGUGGAUGCCUUAAUGUCCGGCAAACGGAACCUUCUGGAAGAUUCCGACGACGACAAAAUCUACGAACGCUGGGACUGUCCCCAGGUCCAGUGCCUGGUUGCCUACACGGCCCAGCAGACAGAUGAACUCAGCUUGGAGCCGGCUGACGUUAUCAACAUCACCAGGAAAUCGCCAGAGGGUUGGUACGAAGGCUGCAAGCUGUCAACCGGGCAGAAGGGCUGGUUUCCGAGUGCAAACGUGCAGGAGAUCACCAACGAGCACGUGCGUAGGCGUAACCUGAGGGAGCGGUACCGCCUCCUACAGGCAGCGCAGCAUCAGGUCCAGGACGGGGCGGGUACCAACAAGGUGAACACCUCCCUCUGAAAGGCCGGGACGGGGCUAAAGUAGGGCAGGCGCCUACACAUCAGUGACAUUGCUCAGUCUGGCCUAAGCAGAGGCCUGUUGGCAGGCUUCAAAACACAGAGCAUAACCAUGGCAACCAGGAAAUCGGACGGUGCUGCUUUUAUCUGGACUGCUUUCGUUUGGGGAUGAGAAGGGGAGAAGAAAAAGGGACAAACACUAUGCGUGAAUUUACCUCAAUUUGUUCUUGGCUCCAUGCAAACCAUUCUGCCACUUCUGGUGAUGCCCUACUGGUGACCUUUAACCUUGUAGCUCAACCCUGGCAAGGAGAUGAAUGCCAACUUUUUUUGUUCGGGUGCCAACCCCAGAGGAAAGCUCUGCAACCCCGUGUUCUUAGCACCAUUUUCCAGGUAGGCCCGAAGCCUCGAUUUCCAGAGAACAAGAUCCUGUGACCGUUGGUGGUGGUGCUUGGUGUGAGGAGUCGGUCAUGGCGCCAGCCAUGUUGGAAGCGGUGGAAGAUGUGGAUGGGGAACAGAUUGGAACUGAAGGAUUUCUCUCGGAGCUGAGGGGACAGCGCAGUCAAUGGUGUUGGGGGGGAGGGGAAAGCAUGGAAUCAUACUCUCUUGGAAUGCCUCGUGUUAGGAUUUCUGCGUCUGUGAGUGUGUGUGCGUGUGUGUGUGUCACGGCUCCCUGUGGUGUUCACGCUCUCUCAUGUUUUAUGUAUUUUUAUUGUAAAGAAAAGCAUUAGACAGCAAAUACACUCUGACUGACUGACUAA